CACAGAGUUAGACCAACAGGAAAAGCAGCCUGCUUGCCUUCACCCCGCCUUUCUCCCCGGGUCUCUGACAAAGCGCUCCGCAGCCUCCGGGAGCAGCAGAGACUCAUAAACCAAACAGCCGGAGUCCAGCGUCUGUCAGGCCCUGCUGUUCAACACAGAGGAAUCCUACCUCUGGAUCUGAGUAAAAAACAUUUACGAUAAUGCCCACGAUAAAAUUACAGAGCUCUGAUGGGGAAAUCUUCGAGGUGGAUGUGGAGAUCGCCAAACAGUCUGUCACCAUCAAGACUAUGUUAGAAGAUUUGGGAAUGGAUGAUGAAGGCGAUGAUGACCCAGUUCCUCUCCCUAACGUCAAUGCUGCCAUCCUUAAGAAGGUGAUUCAGUGGUGCACCCACCACAAAGAUGACCCUCCUCCUCCUGAGGACGAUGAAAACAAGGAGAAAAGGACAGAUGACAUUCCUGUAUGGGACCAGGAGUUCCUCAAAGUCGACCAAGGCACCUUGUUUGAACUAAUUCUGGCCGCUAACUAUUUGGACAUCAAAGGUCUGUUAGAUGUCACCUGCAAGACAGUGGCCAACAUGAUUAAAGGCAAAACUCCAGAGGAGAUCAGGAAGACUUUUAACAUCAAGAACGAUUUCACAGAGGAGGAAGAAGCCCAGGUACGCAAAGAGAACCAGUGGUGUGAAGAGAAGUAGAGGGGAGGGUCUGGCCAACACUACCACACUGAAAACAAAUCGUCCCCGCUAACUGGUUGCACUGGCGUUGUUCAUACUUGUCAAUAUUUACAAUUUAGUAUAUUUAGAGCUACACACUCCCCCUCCUCUCAAUUUCUGUAUACCAAUAGCAUGACCAUUUAAUCUGCCUGUGUGUUAAUAAUUUAAACAAAAAAAGCUCUUUCUGUUUACACACACUCACACACACAAACACACUCACACACACUCACACUCUCACACACACUGUGUAUUCACUAGAUCCAGGUUUCAUGACUUUGUAUCCUUAAAGAUUUGACGUCUCCCUAUUAUUAUAAUUGCUAUGGUUGUCUUUUUUACUGGACAUGUUUGUUUUUCUUUUAGGGUUAAUUGAUUUAAAUAAAUUGCUUAUUUUGACAAUGGAGAUGAAAGGUGAUAUUUUACUUUUGCUGUGUAAACUGUUCUGUGAAACUGCUUUCAGAGAGGACGGGAUGUUUUUAAAGGAGAAGUUCAAGUUGGAAAGUUUGUUUCGCGCAAUGUUCUUUACACAUCGAGUAUCUAAUUCCUAAUUCAUGUUGUUUUGAAUUGGAAACUUUUCUCAGAUAAAGCUCUGAUGCAGUUUUUUGGGAUGAUCAAUCGUAUAUUGAAGGCGUAAAUAAACUCAUAAAAAGGC